GUCCUCUCUUCUGCUCCGCGUCGGGAAUCACACACUCUUCUCCCCUUGAUAAGGACAGAGAAAGCCAAAAGAAUCAAGGAAAGAGGAUAUAAUGGAUAAGUGAAGUGACUGGGUGGAGGCAAAACAAACUGGAGAAAACCUUCCUGACGGAGAGAUUUCUAAAAAUACAAGGCAGCUUACUCCCUGCAUUGUUAUUUUCUCUCUCUCUCCCUUCUUUUUCGCAGUGUCCCUUCCUUCAUUCAGUACCUGUUCUGUGGGAUUAACAUGACUUAAAAUUCAAUCAGCCUACAGACUGACGGAAGAGCGAUAGAGGAGGCAGCCAGAGCGCUGCAGCUGUCGAGACCGAGGGGAGAGAGAGAGAGAGAGAGAGAGAGAGAGAGAGAGGGGGGGAUAGACAGUGCAAGAUAGAGAUAGAGAGGAGAGAGAGAGAGAUGGGUGUUUUUCCACGGAGCUGAGCUAGAGAGAGAACCGCGGAGACCGGGAGAUGUGACGGUUCCAGAAGUCACGGUAGAAUGAUCCGGAAAACAAGGUUUCUAGCUAUUCCUGCAGCUUACUCUCAAACCUCCCUCUCUGCGCCUAACUCCAAGGUCAUCAAUGAACUAACUCAAAGUGGGAGAACAAACACAGAUCACAGCGCAUAGAGUGCAGAAAGCCCCAGUGACACACCCUGGAAAUCACCCCCCAGGAAGUGAGGGAUGAGAGAAAAGAGGGGGGGAAAACUGAAUGUGUGAAAGAAUGAAGCAAUAGGAGAGAAAGCCAGAUGCACAAAUAAGAAGACAUAUGGCUGUGUGAGUGAGGGCAGGAAUAAAAGAAGGAGAAAGGGAGUGGAAGAGAAAGGGGGGGAAGGAGGAGGGAGGGGUGAGGAGGGGAGGUGAAGAUCGCCGCCAACUCCAGGAUUCCCAUUCUCUGCCAAUUGAACUGCUUCGCCUAUAGAGAGAAGUUGAAUACAGCCAUGAGGGAAUCAUAUCAAAACGCCAUAAAUAGGAUUUAAAGCAAAGUGGAUUUGUGAUUUCUUUUCAAACUGAGAUCUCUCUUUUGGAAUAUCACACCAGGAUUGAGCAAGUAAUUCGGAUUUUUCAGGUUUUCUUCAUCUAUAGAAGCCUAAGAGGAUAUUGUGGGAUUGGAAUUUCUGCAACUCUCUGGUUUUCUGACACUGACCUACAUCCGCCUCCUUUUGAUGUGUGUGGGGGCGUGUGUGUGUGAAGGGGAGUAGGACAGGUUGCAGCACAAACACACAAUCCCCCCCCCCACCCCCCGCAUCCCUCCCGCUGGCCCAACACAAGGAGAAACACCUGGGGCGAGAUCUGUGCUAAACACUCACACAAAAACGCACACACACACACACACACACACACAAACCUGGAUAACAUGUGGAGCUGAUUCGGAUUAUAGAGCCGCACAGACGGAAAAGGUCUGUGGAUCGCCAGGCAUUCUACCAUGCCUGUCCCCCCACCCCUCAAUCCCCGCAGACAAAAGCACCUGCCCAACACACACCUCCACCCCGGACAAAGGGCAGAAGGUUCCACCUUCCCCUCCCUCUUCCCUCAUUCCAUCCUCUCUCUUUCGCUUCUCCCCCCUCUCUUCGUCUCAUCUUUGCCCUCCUCAUCCCAUCUCGUCCACUGCGCAUGCCCCAGGGCCACGAAGAGAACCCGUUCCGACUCGGCCCCUUUCCCGGCGUUUCACUGGCUGACUCUGGUCACAUGCUGCCUGCUGCCUUCUCUGAUUGGAGCAGGGGAGACGUGGGGCGUGGUCUCGGCCUGUCCCUUCCACUGCGUGUGUCGAAACCUUUCGGAGUCUCUCAGCACGCUCUGCGCCGACAAGGGUCUCCUGUUUGUCCCCCCGCACGUUGACCGCCGCACCGUGGAGCUGCGACUGGCUGACAACUUCAUCACGGAAGUGGGCGGGAUUGACUUUGUCAACAUGACCGGAUUGGUUGAUUUGACUCUGUCGAGGAAUACCAUCCACCUGAUCCGACCAAUGACAUUUGGUGACCUGGAGAGUUUGCGCUCGCUGCAUCUGGAUGGCAAUCGUUUGACAACACUUGGACCCAGAGACCUCGCAGGUUUGGUCAAUCUGCAACACCUGAUCGUCAACAACAACCAGCUGGUCAAAGUCUCUGUCGAGGCCUUUGACGACUUCUUGCUCACACUGGAAGACCUCGACAUGUCCUACAAUAACCUCAGGAGGGUGCCAUGGGAGUCCAUUCAGAAGAUGGCCAGUCUGCACACACUCAACCUGGACCAUAACCUGAUAGACCACAUAGCGGAAGGUGUCUUUGGAGAGCUGUACAAGCUUGCAAGGCUGGAUAUGACAUCCAACAGGCUCCGGACCAUGCCUCCUGAUGCUCUAUUUGCAAGGUCCCAGACAGGUGCAAUAAGUCCCACCCCCUACAAUGCUGUCAUAAGCUUAAAUUUCGGUGGGAAUCCCCUGCACUGCAAUUGUGAACUGCUUUGGUUACGUCGGCUUAUCCGUGGGGACGACAUGGAGACGUGUGCCACACCUCCACACCUGGCUGGAAGAUAUUUCUGGUCGAUUCCUGAGGAGGAGUUCACAUGUGAACCACCUCUCAUCACCCGUCACACUCACAAGCUGUGGGUGCUGGAGGGCCAGCGAGCCACGCUAAAAUGCCGUUCCAUUGGUGACCCAGAGCCAGUAGUCCACUGGGUUUCACCAGAUGACCGCAUCAUUGCCAAUUCAUCCCGGACCAGCUCCUUCAGCAAUGGGACCUUGGAUAUGUUGGUAACAGUUGUCCGGGAUGACGGGGCAUACACAUGUAUCGCAAUAAACGCAGCGGGCGAAGCAACUGCCACCGUGGACCUGAAAAUAAUCCCCCUGCCUCACCGGGGCGGAGCAGGCGGAAACACAGGGAAUAACAACGUGAACACCAAAAACAACAGGAACGUGACCAAUGGGAUUUUACGGACUGAUCCGGGCUCCUCGGAUAUCAGCACGGGGAAAAACGGAGGGAUUAACAACGGCGCAGGACGUGGAGGGGAGGUGGAGGAUGGGAGAAGAGGUGGUGAGGACGAUGAGGGCGACAGUAGCAAGGCCUCGGAAGGGGAAAGGGCCGACGGAGGGAGCAUGGAGGACGACGUGGGGGACGAGGAGGAAGAAAGGAUCGUUGAUGUACAAGGGGUUACUUCAACCUCAGCUCAGGUCCGAUGGGAUAUGGGACGUUUGUCUGCCGCUUACGUUGUCUGGAUGUAUCAGAUACAGUACAACUGCACCGCCGACGAGACCCUCAUCUACAGAAUUCUACCGCCGACCAGUGACCGUUUCCUGUUGAAGAACUUGGUUUCCGGUGUGGACUAUAACCUGUGUGUGCUGGCCAUUUUCGAUGACACUAUCACAUCAUUAGCGGCGACGAAAGUGCUGGGCUGCGCCACGUUCUCCACCAAGGAUGUUUACCCAGCAUGCCGCUCUCUCCAAGCCCAUUUCCUGGGCGGUACACUGACCAUAUUGGUUGGCGGUGUUGUUGUCGUCACCCUGCUCGUGUUCACGGUGGCGCUCAUGGUUCGCCACCGCGUUUGCAAUCAUGGUGACCACAUGAUAUGUCACAACGGCAACACUGAAGCAGGAAGCGGGGCCUGCUGUCAGGGUGGAGGUGGAGGGGGCGGGGACAAAGGGGGAAACAGUGGCGGGUGCUACCGAUCAAAUGGUUCCGGGGACAUGAUGAUGGUGGUCCUGCCCAAUGGUCUGCCGUCAAAAAGAGGAGGGGAGACGGACAAGGAGAAAGAGAAUGAGAAGGAAGACUCUGCUUCCUCUCUGCCUCCAAAACUCCCUCCAAAGCCCAGGCCAAAACCUAAAGUCAACCUGGAGCAUUUUCUUUCAGCUGGGGGCGUAGUUUCCAUGACGACAGGGGCAGUAGGUGAGAUGGCAUUGGUGGUGAGGCAAAGGAAGCUGGACAAGGCGCCGCCAUACACCCCUGAAAGUGACAGAACUCCCCUCUACUACUCCCCUUCCCCUUCAUCCACCCUGCCCCGUCAGUCACACUCCAGGGACCGCCCGAAACCCCGUCUGGAGCGAGAACUUACCAAUCGUGCCAGUUUCUCUCUGGCUGCCCCCCUGAGAGACUCAGAGCUGUUGGACUGGAGAAUCAGUCCCCGAAGCAGGGACAAAUGGAACUCCUCACAGGCUUAUCAGAGCCCUCUAUCCCCUCUAAGCCCUGUCCACGGGACCGUUAGCAAACGGCGGCACUCUCUGGAUAUGGGUUCCUCUGUUGCCCUAGCGACCGAUGCUGCCACGACGGUUGCCAAGCGCUAUGGUGCUGUCAAUUACGCCAAGCGGCUUAGCGUGAUCUGGACGAGGCGGAGCCAGUCUCUCCAUGGAAUGCUAGUGCAGUGCGCCUCGACAACAAGCACUACAUCUUCGACGACCAGCGAUGAGGAAAGUGGCGGGGGCUUUGGGGCACGCUGCCAGUUUCCACAGGGAUACAUCCACGCUUACAACACCACCAACUCCAACUCUAACACUGGGAUCAGUACUGGGAAAGCGAGCAGUGUAAAAGACAGGGUGAGGCAAACAGGGAAGAAUGGAAAGAGUGCUGAAGAACUGGAGGAAAGUGUUGUGUAGGGGGUUGUUGAAUGUAAAGAGGGAUAUAAGGGUCUGUGAGGCAGUUUCAAUGGGAUCUUAAUUUCAGCAGGGCAAAGAGGUGGAAGAGGGAGCAGGACAGGGGAGUUGAAGUGGUUGCAGAUGAGGAGGGGAAGGUUGGGAGUUUAGACGGAGGGAGAAGAGUAAAAUUGACUCGAGUCUCACUCGUGCACCUCCUUGAUUUUCCCUGGGAGAAGAAAAAAAAGAAAAAAGAAAGGGGGGAAGUGCACCUGGAAGUCAGGCGAAGAUUUCUAAGAGGGCUGAAGAGUGAUGGGCGGAAAAAUGAGUGGGUAGAGAGAUGUGGCAGGAAAAGGGAGAGAGUGGGAGAAACGGCUGAGUGUUCUAAAAUACUCAAGGCUGAGCUCAAGCUGUAUUAGUCAAAAAUAAAUGAUAUAAGAUGGAACAGAAAGAAGGAACGCAAAAACAAAACUCGAGAGUGGCAGUUGUAAGAAGAGACAAUGUAGUGAGUGAUGUAUACAGUCACAGAGGGAGAGACAUAAUCAAACAGGGGAACACAUCAAUAGAGAGAACAGAACAAAGGUGAUAUAGCAGAGACAGAGAUGGCGUGAGCUCAGCGUGGAUCCCAGUAAAGCCUAUACACUAAUAGAACCAGACUCUUGCUAACACUUCCAACUCUCCAGGGCCUCAGCCCCCACAACGGUUUACACUGGAUCAAAAACAACAACACAACCCGUAAUACUGGAGAAACACUCUUCUGACAAAAACACAACAGUAAAACAAAAAAAGAGAUUUGGAUGACAUAGUCCUGCUUUGUCAUCUUGUUUUUUUUUGACUCCAACACUAGCGGCCAUUUUGAAACUCUUUUCCAAAACGCAAUGAAUGUGACUUUUAUGUGUCCUCUGUGGCUGGAAAAUGAUUUUGGCUUGCCGUUGCCUGUGGAUUAUGGGAGCAUAAAUACAGAACCGGGUGCAUUGGACAUGAUCAAUCGAUACUGGCUGGAAAGAGCGAGUGCAGCACAGACAUUAUUAAAAGAAAGAAAUUGGGAUUACAAUGGAGUCGAUAUAGAUAACAAAAUGGAGACAGAGGUGCAUGAUGGAACAUGCGCGCGUGUGCAUUUCUGAAAGACAGGAUCGCGUUGGAUGUUGGAUGAUAACGGACCAAACAAACGAACAAUGCUAAGUGUGCAUGCAUUGUUGGAUCAGGGACAGGAUGUGUGUAUGUGUGCCUAAGUGUGUGUUAGUGUGCGCACAUGUAUAUGAAUGUGUAUGAGUGGCAAUCCAGUCAACCAGACUCCAUUUGUGUUUAAUAAGGUUUAGCGCUUUCUGGACAUGCUGUGAACGGAAUAAAUGUAAAAAAAUAAAUAAAAGUAAGAUUAGUAGCAGCCUGCCUAAAGUGAACUAAGAGCAGAAUGUUUCCAGCAAUGUAGCAUGGUCAGAAAGCGGCAAACAUUAAGGGGGAAUUUCAAAUUAAUUUUUUGUGACUUCAGACUCCUUUGUGCCAUUUGGAUUUCAAUCCAAACAGUGAAUGUUUUCAGAAAGGAAGCAGAUUUAAAAAAAAAAAAAACCAUGACAGAACCACUAUGGAAGCCA